AGCGGUCACAACCUGCCCCGUAGACGUACAGCACUGCUAGGUAAACUCAAAUUACCUUGCAUAGUGCGUUUCACCAGGCUGCAGUCUCUCCGCAUGUCUGAACCCGAACUGGGGUUACUAACGUCUUCGGUUAGUUGUAGUUUGAAGAACUGAUAUUUAUUUGUCAACUGCUCUCUACAUGAGAGCAACUUACUUCGAACAACUAUUGGGGAACUUCGCAAUUCACAACAUAAGAAGGUGACCUGUACAUCUGAAAAUGAACUUCAUCGUGGAGACCCUCCAAAUGAUACUGUUGACUAUCUACUACCACAUAGAAGCCUUCAUAAAAUUGUUCAUCCCACCUAAGUUAAAAGAUUUGUCCGGUGAAAUAGUGCUCAUCACGGGGGCGGGCAGUGGUAUUGGUCGGCUUAUGGCCAUUGAGUUUGCCGCAUUGGACGUUUCACUGGUCCUGUGGGACAUCAAUGAGGACGGGUUAAAAGAGACUGCGAGGCAGGCUAAAGAAAAAGGAGGAUCAAGGAUAUAUUACUUCCAGUGUGACUGCAGUGACAGGGCAGUGGUCUACCGAGUGGCAGAUCAGGUAAAACGUGAAAUUGGUGAUGUUACUAUACUAAUAAACAAUGCAGGCAUUGUGAAUGGUAAAAAGUUCAUGGAUACUCCUGACGCGCUCAUUGAGAAGACGAUCAGAGUGAACUCUGUGUCCCAUUUUUGGACAUAUAAAGCAUUCCUGCCUGCCAUGAUUGCUAAGAACCACGGACACCUGGUCAGUGUAGCUAGUUCUGCAGGCUUGAUAGGGGUCAAUGGACUGGCAGAUUAUUGUGCAAGCAAGUUUGCAGCUGUGGGAUUCGCAGAGUCGGUAGCCCUUGAGCUAAUAGCUGAGGGGAAAGAUGGAGUCAAGACUACAAUCGUCUGCCCAUACUUCAUUAACACAGGCAUGUUUGAUGGCUGUGGAACAAAGUGGCCCCGAUUGCUGCCAAUCUUGGAUCCAGACUAUGUUGCUAAAAAGAUCAUGAAGGGCAUUCUAACAGAUCAAGUUUACAUUUUUCUUCCAAGGACCUUAUAUUUUUUGCUGGCCGUGAAAUGUAUCGUUCCAUUCAAGCAGUCAGUCAACCUGGGCAUGUACUUCGGUGCCUUCAGUUUCAUGGAUGCUUUCAAAGGACGAGAAAAGAAACAGAACUAAAUAUAAUAUAAUCAUUGGUUGUGAUACUUAUUGUAGAUCUCUUGUCAUUUUUUUUAUAAUUUGUGACAACGUCUGCCAAACGGUUGUCUUAUGACAUUAGUUAAAAUAAAAGGGUCCAUUAGAAAGAGAAUGUAAAUUUGAUAUUGUUUGAAUAAAUUAGGAAAAGGCUUUUAAACUAAAAAUGUAUUCAAUUUUUUAUGUUGUUAGACAUCAUAUGGUCUGUGUUUAUUGUUGUAUUCAUUGUAGCUACAGUUAUACUUGAAACAGCAAUGCCAGAUGGCCUUUAUCGAUGUGGUACACAUGACUGAAAAUAAGUAUGUUCAAUAUAUAUAAUAAGUAUAAAAUAUUACCUUUUUACAUGACAACUGUCUGUGCCAACAAAGAUGUGUACUUUAUUGUAUAAUGGUUUUCAACGUUAUUCUUACUUUUAAACAUGACAUAAAGGGACGGUUUCCCACACUGGGCAUUUCCUAUUCCCAGACUAAAUGUUUGAGCUAGCUCAAUUUAAAAACAUCUUGCACUGAUAUCUUAACAUAAAAUGCAUAAAAAUGUUUGUAAAAACUACUUAAAUGUCCUAAAAUAACUAAGGUCUAGUCUUGGAUUAAUUUAAAUCCUGUCUUGGAAACUCCCCCAAAGACAUUGAUUUAAGAUAAAAGAAUGUAAGUGUGAACCUGGAACAAAUAUCUUUCUAGGGCUUUUAUCAGAUUUUUUAGACACUGCAUCUACAUUCAUUCAUUACAGGUUAUUGCAUGCAAAUGGCACCAUCUAGUGUAUGUGAUUUGCAUUUGCAUUUCACAGAAUUGAAAUUUAUUUAAUACAUCAAGCAGGGGCGUCAGUUUGUGUUGAAAAGUGGUGGGGACAAAAGAUCAGAUGAAAAAACAUUACAGCAGGACCGGAAAAAUAUUGAAUAACGGCGCAUCAAAGAUGGGCAUAGGCCGGUCAACAACACAAAAAUACUCAGCAUAAAACCUUCAGCAAUGUCGACUGCACAUGUAACAGUCCCUACAGCUCAACCGAACAGUGCCAAAGCACCAUACUGUAGAAAACAGCAGCAUGUUAAGUCAGUGAUUUUAAUGAAAUUCAUUAGAUAUGUAAAAGAAAACACACUAUAAGCACACAACGCAACAUAUGUGACCCU